UUUGUUCUUAUGUCACACUGGGCUACAACAGCUCAAGGGCUAUCUCCAUCCUACAGAUAUGUAGUGAAAUCAGGAACUUCAGAUACGUCGAAGGGAAGAACUCACCUCCAGACCUUUUGAGGGAAAGUAUGAAAACUAAUUAGGGUCCUUCCUGUCCUGAGGUCAAUCACAGCAAAGGGCCUUCAAGGAGUUCUGUUUCCAUUUUAAAAACAGGAUCAAUAUUUUAAUUUUUAUUUAUUUUUAUUUUGUUUGAUGUCUUUUUACAAAGCUGGAUAACUGAAAUUAGAAAAUUAGUUCACAAAGGAGUUGACUGAAUGUUGCAAACUUGCAAGAUGGAAGGAUUUUCCCUCAUUUCCCCUCCCUCUGAAGAUCUGAUAUCCUAUGAGUCAGACAUCUACAGGCAGUCCCAUGACAGUUACCAGUAUCUGAACAGUGAUGCAGAUAGUCAUGGCGCAGGUGAAUUGUUUUUAUGUCCAUCAGACCACUGCUGGGAAUAUCACCCCCAUCACCUGCACCCGGAGUUUGAGACCUUUGGGGACAACCACUUUGCAGAGCUCCAAAGCGUUCAGCCACCUCAGUUGCAGCAGCUGUACCGGCAUAUGGAGAUUGAACAGAUGCAUGUUCUAGACUCUGGGAUCCCUGCCACACACUUUGGGAUCAACCACAACCAUCAGGUUACAUUUGUGCCUCGUACCUUGUGCGUGUAUCCCUCUCACCACCGUAGUUCUGAUGAUGAAGAUCUAGACCGACAGAGUCCACCACUGGAAGUAUCAGAUGGAGAGACUGAUGUUAGGGAACCUGGCCCUGGGAUUAUAAGUGGAGAAGCAGGCAGUAAAAAGAAAAUCCGACUGUACCAGUUUCUUCUUGACCUGCUUCGAAGUGGAGAUAUGAAAGAUAGCAUCUGGUGGGUGGAUAAGGAUAAGGGCACUUUCCAGUUCUCCUCCAAGCACAAAGAAGCACUGGCUCACCGCUGGGGCAUUCAGAAAGGCAACCGCAAGAAAAUGACCUACCAGAAGAUGGCACGGGCACUGAGAAACUACGGCAAGACUGGGGAGGUCAAGAAGGUCAAGAAGAAGUUGACCUAUCAGUUUAGUGGAGAGGUGAUGGGAAGGAGUGGUAUGGAUAGGAAGCACUAUAGUCUUUGAAGGAGAGACCCAGGAAUAAUGAAAAGCCAGAUAAUAAAGACACAUGAGUUGGACUUAGCAGCGGAGGUUGCCAAACACAUUACUAUGCUUCCAAAGCCCUCAUCUCUAUCUCAAUGAAGCGAAAUUUCAACAGUGUUUCUGGUACGAAUUCCCUUCUUCAGCUUUGAAACUCCUACAGAACCCAAACACAACAGGUUGGACACCGCAGGGAUUUUCUUUCUUUAAGGGAAUGUAUAGAUAUAUUAUUUUCAGAAAAUAUUUCAUUGUGCUGUAAUUAAAAUUUGCAGCUGACGAAGUUUUUUGUCCUUCACAGGCAAGUCACAUGUCACCUUCAAAGACUCUGCCUUAGCUUACAGCUUAAAACUAGCAUUAAUACAGGCUCUGCUAUAGUUCUCCAUGGCUAGAGAGAAGUUUGCAGAUCUUGGAAAUAUCUUACUGUGCAAAUAUUAAUAACAUGUAAAUAUUUAAUAAAAUCAGGUUUAAGAAAAGCGUUAUUUCCUGAAUUAAUCUGCAAUGGCUCAUGAGUAAGUCUUACAAUCAUUGAGUAUCUAUCCACAACACAGACUUAUUAUUAAUUAAUCUGUAAUGGUGCAUAUCCGUAGCCCAAAUUUAUUAUUAAUCAUUCAAGUAAAAAAUGGUUAAAUUGUAAUGUGGAAUUAUUCAUUUACUUAGAACAAUAUAUACGAUGAUUUCAGGUUUUUAUUUUCACAGUUUCCUGAUAUAUGACUCAUCGGUGGCAAUCUUCAGAUUGCUAAAGUGUUGGUUUAACUCUCAUAUUCUCACUUUUUUCCCUUUAAAAAAACUGUAGAGGAAAAGGGAUUCCCAGUAAGAAUACCAUAGCAAUGAAAGAACAUAGGGAAAGAUACAUAAGAACAUAGACCAGUGCAAGGUUUGUACCUGGGGUUUUCUUUAUGCUACAGACCCAGCCCUCCUCAGGCUGUAUGUGCUGCACCACUGUACCAUGCAAGGGAACAGUAUGACAAGCCAGAGCAGCAACAACAGUAGCAGGGCUGAACAUUUGAGAUGGGUUAGAGUUUCCACCACAGCUGUGAAAGGAGCCUCAUGCUCUAUCCUGCUGCAUUUAUCAGUCUACAUUUGUUUUACGCAGCUGCAUUUUUUCCAGACUGGCAACCGUUUCAUCAAAGCUCUGUCCCUGUGAUCUAGUAGUUCUUUAUCCUUACACACACAUUCCACUCUCCUAUAUUCAGGGAUUCCUGAUUUCUCGCAUUGCUACUUUAGAGCACAGGGAAGUUGUCAUCCCACCCCAGCAGCAUGUUUCACAGCCCUUUCUCUCCCAACUGUUCACAUCAGCAUGGCUUCAUUAGGGUCAGAUUUAUUUCAGUUUGUGUAUAAACCAGGGGGCGUUGAUGGGGCAGGGAUGUCUUUACCCUGUGCAUAGGUGCCCACACCUUGACUAGAGAUUAAUUAGGAACCACUUAAGGAUUCCAAAUGGAGCGAAGCUUGUUUGAGAAACAACACAUCAAAGAGUUUACAAAUGCUAAGGACAAGCAACACCCCAGCAAAGUGCUUCCUGUGUUCUUAGAGCAGGCAUCCCCAAACUGCGGCCCUCCAGAUGUUUUGGCCUACAACUCCCAUGAUCCCUAGCUAACAGGACCAGUGGUCAGGGAUCAUGGGAAUUGUAGUCCAAAACAUCUGGAGGGCCGAAGUUUGGGGAUGCCUGUCUUAGAGCAUAGGUGUCUAUUACUUUCACAAUUCCCAUAUCACACAUUGGAACAAACAACCAUUAAAUGAUUAUGUUUCAGCCUUAUUGAGGAAGACCUUGGGGUUAUAAUGGAUUACUGUACAUGUUAUGUAUGAAUCAGCAAUAUCAACUUCUUCCAAAAAAGGCAAAUGCCUCGUUCAGUUGCAGACAUAACACACACAAGAUAAAGGAACUGUGACAGAAAGGCUGGAAUCUAACACCGAGGCAAGGACUUCCUUGCACCCUGCUGUUGGUAACGUUGAGAAGUAACCAGAAUGCAAUUUGCAAGCUUUUAAGAUGGGCAUAAACAAAAUUGAUGUAGUCAGGGCUUCUCCACACAGAGUCUGUAAAACAGCGUUACCAGAGAAUUGCAACAUAGCACAACAACACCCACAUAAAUGACCCUUGAAGGACAAAAAGCCAACUCCUUCUCUGCUGAUGAAGUAAACAGUGGAAGCUGGUAGAACCUAGACCUGUUGGGGCGCCUGGGAGGUCCUCAACCUCCCACCAUGAAACAGUGGACACCCAAGCAGAACAGUUGUACAGUGGUACCUCGGGUUACAAACACCUCGGGUUACAGACUCCGCUAACCUGGAAGUAGUACCUCAGGUUAAGAACUUUACCUCAGGAUAAGAACAGAAAUUGCGCAGCAGCGGCAGCGGGAGGCCCCAUUAGCUAAAGUGGUACCUCAGGUUAAGAACAGUUUCAGGUUAAGAACGGAUCUCCGGAACGAAUUAAGUUCUUAAUCAGAGGUACCACUGAACGAGUAUUGAGCAUGGAAAGCACCUUGGCUGAGAAGGGGUCUGUCCUGUUUUCAAUUUUACUCAAACUAUGCUGAAAUGGCAAAACUUACAGGAAGAAUCAGAAAUCAAGAAGAAUCAAAUUUCAAUGAAUGGGGAAGGUAUAUAAUGUAUUUGAAAAAUUAUUGUAAACAAUUACAUUCAUUAGUAGAUUUGACAGAAAACUUGUAGCCCAAAUCUGAAUGAUGGUUUGGCGAAGGAUUUAUAACAAUAAGAGUUAUGGAGGAGAUGCAGAGGGGAAAACGUUACAUAAG